AGAGAAACACAAGAUAAGACCUGCGCAAUAAGGUGAGACGCCUUUGGCAGAGCUCCGUCGCUCACCUUGUUCCUCAGCCAAUCAGGAUGACCUCCUGCAGCAGGGAUCCCCCGCCCUGUCAUGUCUAAGAAUUAGCAGCAGAGAUAAGGAGACAGAAGAAAAGAGAAAGAAAGGAGAAGACAUAAAAGAUUUUGGGGGGAAGUGGGUUUGUUCGUCCCGACUGAAACAGGAAUGAAGUUUCCUCCUGUGGAUCAGAGUAAAUGUCUGUUAGAUAUGGAGGUGGCAAACUAUUGUGAAGGUCUGGAUCCUUUGUACAGCACGUUGGGCUUUGAGAACGCAGAGGUCAUCUAUGCAGGAGGAGACAACAUGCCGACAGAGCCGAGCUUCCCCGGUCCAGAUGGGGUCAGCAGUAACUGUGCAAUCUGUGGAGACAAAGCCACAGGGAAACACUACGGCGCCGCCAGCUGUGACGGCUGCAAAGGCUUCUUCAGACGAUCCAUACGCAAGAGUCACAUCUACACCUGCAGGUUCAGCAGACAGUGCAUCGUGGACAAAGACAAGAGGAACCAGUGCCGUUUCUGCAGACUCACCAAAUGUUUCAGAGCUGGCAUGAAAAAAGAAGCUGUACAAAACGAGAGAGACCGGAUCAGCUCCAGAAGGAAUAUCUCCGACAACCAAGACCUGCCACCAAUCACAAUUCUGGCCCAAGCAGAAUCGCUGUCCCAACAGAUUAACAUCCCGCCUGGAAUAACAGAACUGUCGGAUCAGAAAUCGGCCACCGUUGGGGAUGUGUGCGAUUCCAUGAGACAACAGUUACUGGUGUUGGUGGAAUGGGCCAAAUACAUACCUACUUUUGGAGAACUGCCACUGGAUGACCAGGUGAGUUUGCUCAGGGCUCAUGCAGGUGAACAACUCUUACUCGGGGUCGCCAAGAGGUCAAUGCCGUUCAAGGACUUCCUGCUUUUAGGUAACAGCUGUGUGAUCCACAGGAACAGUCCGGAACCAGAGAUCUGCAGGGUCGCGAACCGUGUGCUGGACGAGCUGGUUCAGCCCUUUCAGGACAUUCAAAUAGACGACAAUGAGUACGCAGCUCUCAAGGCUAUAGUCUUCUUUGACCCAGAUGCAAAGUCUUUGCGGGACCCAUCAAAGAUCAAGGCCAUGCGCCUGCAGGUGCAAAUGAAUCUGGAAGACUACAUUAAUGACCGUCAGUACGACUCCAGGGGCCGUUUUGGAGAGUUGUUACUGCUGCUCCCCACUUUGCAGAGCAUCACCUGGCAGAUGAUUGAACAGCUCCAGUUCAUUAAGCUCUGUGGCCUGACCAAGAUAGACAACCUGCUGCACGAGAUGCUGCUUGGAGGCCUUAAUUCAGAUCCGGCCCACCUGCACCACCCGGCCCACACCCAGCUGGCCCAGGACCCUGUGACUGGACACACAUUCGUCAUCAGCACCAUGCCGGUGUCACACUUGCCACGGAUCGCCUCUCCAGACACGCCCAUCCCAUCACCGACACAGGGACCACCCCCUGAGAUGUACAAACACUUUGCACAGCCUGUUUGUCCUGCAGCCAGCCCCUCCCCAUCUGCACACACCGACCCCUGACGUCUUCCUGUAUGCUGCCAGAAGACUAAAAGUCGAUAAAAUCCACUUUAUGACAUC